AUGGCUUCGAAACCGGUUCUUGGAUUCAAGGAUUUUGAAAGACUUGCCAGGUCAAUUGAUACGUUCAAGGAAGACGCGAGUCAGGAUUCGUGUCGGCGUUUCAAGAGUUGUAAUACCGAUUCGUUCAAGUUCUACCUGGACUUAGCUGUUACAGAUUACAAUAUCACGGAAGACACUCACAGAAGUUUAUUUCUGAAAUGUCUAGAUGAAGGUAUACGUAUGCUUCUGGAGAACGCGGUACUGCCAAGGGAAAUCACAGACUUCAACGUUGAACAACUUAUUGAGAAGACUCAGAUGUUCUUCCAGCAAGAGACUGUACAGGAGUACGCCGAAGGAUUGAAACAAAUCGCAACAAAUUGUUCAUUCAAGGCAGGAGAAUACGAAGACACAUUGAGAGGCAUUUUUGUGGCAGGGCUUAAAAAUGACUCUAUUCUACAAGAGAUGUAUGAGAAAGAAGACUUACUGACGCAACCAUUGGAUAAAGUGAUUCUCCUAGCUAAGACGUUGGAAGGAGCAAGAGAUAGUGUUAUGGUAACACGUGAGGCAACGGCAGAAUCGCAAGGGAAAGUUUGUCAUCUACAAGGAAGAAAAUAUGUGAAGGGAGGCAAACCUUACAAUAAACGUCACCAGGCCGGACAAGGAUUUGUCUGUUUUCAAUGCGGAGAAGAAGGACACUACCAAUGGGAAUGUACGAAGAAGACGGCGAACAACCAAGAAAAAUCAUUGGGAUUUAGGCGUGGCAAAAUUGCUAAACCAGGAGAUGUAAUUCAGAGAACAAAGAAGGUACAACAAGCUCGAAACUCCCAGAAGGUAGAUUUAGAAGGAAGCUCGUCUCAGGAGGAUGAAGAAUCAAGUUAUUGCAUUGACUCUGUCACAAAGAAUGUUUACUGUGCAGAAACUGUUCAUGAUACAUUAAGGAAACUUGAGGUGAAGGUACGAGUGGAUGACUGUUUCUUAACUUUUAGAGUUGAUACAGGAGCGGACGUUUCCUUGAUGGAUGAGAUAGCGUGGAAUAAAUUGGGACAGCCCAAGUUGAGGAAGGAGAGGGAGCAGCUACGAAAUGCUUCAGGUCGAAUCAUGAGAUUUAAGGGCAUGAUGACAGGUCAGGUUAGAUUUUGCAGCAACCUUGCACCUAUUCAAUUCUACGUGAGACAAGGAAAAGGCUCAAACCUGCUGGGAACGGAUUGGGUGAAAAAGGUUGGGAUGGCGACAGUGUGCAUUGACUAUCUUAAAGCUAUGGGAAACCAUGGUGGUGUAAUGUUGACAGAAUCAAGUGAGAUUGCAGCACCAGUGGAGAAACUACUACAGCAGUUCUCAGAAUUAUUUACAGAUGAACUGGGUUGCUGCAGUGAGAUUGUGGGCAUCUCUGUGCGACCAGAGGCGGAUUUGAAGGUUUUUCCAUUCCGGCGACCUCCUAUGCAUCUUCGGGCACAGAUCGAGAAGGAAUUGGAAAGGAACGUGAAAAACGGUGUAUUAGAACCAGUUAACAUCGCUCUAUGUGCUUUUCCAACAGUGAACAUUGUUAAACCGAACGGUGAUAUCAGGAUAUGCAGUGAUUUUAAACCCCUCAAUCGGAUUAUGGUAGUUGAUCAAUAUUCAAUCUCUAUACCAGCAGAGAUGUUUGGUUUCCUAGCUGGGGGUAAAAUUUUCUCCAAGAUUGAUCUGAAGGAUGCUUACAACCAGUUACGGGUGGACGAGGAAAGUCAGAAGUGGCUGAGAACAAUAGCCAAAGUCUUGGAAGGCGUGAGAGGAAUUUGUAUCUAUAUGGAUGAUAUUCUUAUCUCAGGAAAAGAUGAACAAGAACACAUGCAGAAGUUGUCCCAAGUUUUCAAAAGUUACAGCAACAUGGUUUCUGUAUUAGAAGAAACAAAUGCUCGUUCUGUCAACCAUCUGUGCAAUAUUUGGGACAUAUAA